AUGAUUUUGAGUGAGAUUGAUCGUCGUUCUGGCAAGAAGCUGGAAGAUGGCCCGAAAUUCUUGAAAUCUGGUGAUGCAGCCAUUGUUGAUAUGGUUCCUGGCAAGCCCAUGUGUGUCGAGAGCUUCUCUGACUAUCCUCCACUGGGUCGUUUUGCUGUUCGUGACAUGAGGCAGACAGUUGCUGUGGGUGUCAUCAAAGCUGUGGACAAGAAGGCUGCUGGAGCUGAUGAAAAAUGCCCUUGGUUGUUUUUAAUCAGCCCAAAAAUACACCCUAAAACUUGGGACAAGGUGGGCAAAGAUCUUAGUGAGAUGAUUAAAGCAGGUAAUUCUGUGCCAGAGAUUGUUCUUAAUUACUGGUCCCUGAUCAGUAUUCCCGAGGACCCCUCCCCAGGACCUGUUAAACCUACAAUAGCUCUCCAAAAGGGGACUGUGUCCGCUGGAGAUAAGAACCAAAAAACGCCUAAAGGCAUUUAUCUAUCGCUGGCCGCUUUUAAAGAUGAAACCAAACCUAGCCGGAGAGAUUUGGAGCUUUUGGAUUCAGAGUCUGAGAAUGAGCUAGAAGAAAAAACGGCUAGAUAUGGGGAAGAGAGGUAUGAUAGAGGAGAUUUGGGAACGGGCCUGACUUUAGACAGACGGGCAAACUCUAGACUUAAUCGUAAAAUGGCUUAUCCAGUCCUGACCGGGUCACAGGCUAGACAAGCGGGGGAGGCUGCUGAGCCUCAACCUGAUACCACAGAAGACUCCCUGGGGUCAGAGCUAAGACAAGAGGACAAUUAUGAUCAAGAUCAGGUGGACUCUGAUUCAGAGGAAGAACCUGAACAAAAUGAAUGUGAAACCUUUCAGCCCAUAUAUAAAAAAUUAAAAAUUAAACAUAUUAAAGAUCUUCACUCUGCUGUUAAAAAUUAUGGGAUAAAUGCACCUUUUACUUUUUCUAUACUGGAGGGAUUAGCAGGAGAAGGAUUUAUGUUGCCCAUAGAAUGGGGCAAGGUGGUCCAGUCAGUGCUGACUAGAGGACAGUACUUGACCUGGAAGUCUGAGUUUCUCGAUAGGGCUGAGGCCCUUGCUAGCAAAAAUAGAAGAAACCCAUUAAGUCAGACUGCCUCCUGGACAGCUGAUAAAAUCGCUGGCAAAGGCAAGUUUGCGGAUGAAAAGAGGCAAAGGGGAUUGUCGUCGGGGAUACGUUCCCAGAGAGCGCAGGCUGCCCUGGCAGCUUGGAGGGCAGUUCUCUCCACUGGCGCCACUACCAUCCCGCUCACUAAGAUCAUUCAGGGGCCUCAGGAGCCAUAUGCCCAGUUUAUGGGUCGGCUCCAAGAAACAGCAGAAAGGAUCUUGGGGCCAGAGGAAAUGGAAGGGACUUUGGUCAAACAACUAGCCUUUGAAAACGCAAAUGCUGCAUGUAAAGCUGCAUUAAGGGGAAACAUGAGGGACACUGAUGUUUCUGGUAUGAUUAAAGUGUGUAAUGAGGUAGAUAAUUUUGGCCAUCAUCUAUCAAAGUCAAUCAGCCUGGCCAUUGGCGCAGUAUUUCAGGGACAAAGGGGACACUCUCGCCCCGGAGGGAAGACAUGUUUCACCUGUGGUCAGCUGGGACAUUUUGCCAGAGAAUGCCCCUCUCAACCAAUGGUUGGAAAUAAUCAAAAUGGUCCUGAGAACAGAGGGGGUGGCCCCCUGGGACCCUGCCCCCGAUGCAGGUUGGGCAGACAUUGGGCAAGUGAAUGCAAAUCCAAGACCGAUAACAUGGGCAACCCCCUAGCCCCUGUCUCUGCUACUGCGGUUCAGGGAAACGGGAAAGGGGCCCCAAUCGGGGGCCCUUACUCACCAAUUCUGUACCAGCCAGCUCAAAUACCAGCGCCCAAUAUAAGGGGAGCAGCCCAACGUCAAAACCCCUUUACAGGGCCACCCCAGGGACCGCAGUAUUGGACUUGUGUCCCUCCUCCACCCGGAUUAUAA